AUGAGGUGUAUCAAUUGUGAUGUUGAUAUACGGAGGCUACGGAGGCAUACCACCGCUUCAUUGCCUAAUGAUCUACGUGCUAUCCUAACAGGAUGGCUAUCUGUUGAGCGGUUACAUGUGAUUCCAUUAUUUAUUAAGAAGUUACUAAUUGAUAAAUGUAAGUUAUAUAUUCCUCGCAGUACUAGAGUUUGUGAAACUCAUUUAUUAUUAGAUUCAUGGAACAUUUUGAUGGAUAAUCCUAAUAUUUAUUCUUAUUUCACUGCAAGUCAAAUCGAAGAUAUGUUAACUAUCACAAAGUCUGCAAACCCCACAUUUAAUUUUGAAAAUGUUAUGCAUAUGGAAAAUGUCAUUUGUCAUUAUUGGACAGGUUUAACUGUUGCCAAUUUUUUGGAUCUUUUUAAUUCUUUGCCUCCAUUAAGUUUAAGAAGACCCAAACAUGCUCUGGCUAUUUAUUUAGCAAAAUUAAGAACGGGUGAGACUGACAGAAGGCUUUCUUCUUUUUUUGGAGUGUCACGCUCUACAUUGAUUGCAAUAUUAAAAAAAGUAAGACAGUCUUUAACUACACAUUUUGUUCCAAAUCAUAUUGGCACAAAUCACUUGACACAUUCUGAAAUUGUGGAUAGGAAUUUAAGAAUACCCAAUGCUCUGUUUGGAAAUGAAAAUAGGCCCGCGAUAGCCAUAUUUGAUGGUACGUACAUUUAUGUGCAGAAAAGCUCGAAUUAUCUUUACCAAAAAAAGACAUAUAGUUUGCAUAAAUAUGACAAUUUAGUUAAACCUUUUAUGAUUGUCUCAUGUGAUGGGCAUAUUAUUGAUGUUCUUGGACCAUUUGCUGCCACUCAAACUGAUGCAGAGAUUAUGAAACAUUUAUUUGAAGAGGAAGAUAGUCCAUAUCGUCAACUUUUUCAUGCAGGUGAUGUUUUUAUCUUGGAUAGAGGGUUCAGGGACUCCAUAUCACUCCUAGAAAGUUUAGGUUAUAAUAUUGUAAAACCUGAAUCACUAGGACAUGGUCAAAGACAAUUAUCAACGCUGCAGGCAAAUAAAAGUAGAAAAGUAACAUUGUGCAGGACCAUACCAAGUGAAACAGGCACGGUCCUACUAUGGGGAGCACACAAGGAGAAAUGGUACCUAUGA